AUGUCCUACGAGAAGAAGGCAGUCCACUUUGGCGGUGGUAACAUCGGCCGUGGCUUCGUUGCAGAGUUCCUCCACAACUCUGGCUUCGAGGUCGUCUUCGUCGAUGUCAUGGACUCCAUCAUCGAGUCCCUCCAAAAGACCCCCUCAUACACUGUCACCGAGAUUGGUGAUGAUGGCGAGCGCAAGUUCACCAUUGACCACUACCGUGCCAUCAACUCCAAGCACGAGAUGGACAAGGUCAUUGACGAGAUUGCCUCCGCCGAUGUCGUCACCUGCGCUGUCGGCCCCAACAUCCUCAAGUUUGUUGCUGAGCCUGUUGCCAAGGCUAUUGAGAAGCGCACUCUUGAUUACCCCCUCGCCGUCAUUGCCUGCGAGAACGCAAUCAACGCUACAACCACAUGGAGGGGCUUCAUCGAGGGCAAGCUGAGCGAUGAGACCAAGAAGAACAUCGACAGCAAGGCCCGCUUCGCCAACUCGGCUAUUGACCGAAUUGUCCCACAGCAGCCCGAGAACUCUGGCCUCAACGUUGUCAUUGAGAAGUUCCACGAGUGGUGUGUCGAGCAGAAGCCAUUCGAGAACGGCGGCAAGAAGCCAGAUGUUAAGGGCAUCCACUACGUCGACAACCUCGAGCCAUACAUUGAGCGCAAGCUCUUCACUGUCAACACUUCACACGCCACUGCCGCCUACUACGGACACCAGAACAAGAUCAGCUACAUCCACGAGGUCCUCCAUGACAAGAAGCUUCACGACAUUGUUCGGGACGCUGUUAGGGAGACUGCUCACUUGAUCAUCAACAAGCACGGCGUCAGCGCCUCGGAGCAAGAUGACUAUGUUGAGAAGAUCAUCAAGCGCAUCUCCAACCCCGUCCUCAAGGAUAACGUAGAGCGUGUCGGCCGUGCUCCUUUGCGCAAGCUCUCCCGCAAGGAGCGAUUCAUCGGCCCCGCUGCUCAGCUGGCCGAGAGGGGUGACAAGGUUGAUGCUCUGCUUGGCGCCGUCGAACAGGCCUACCGCUUCCAGAACGUCGAGGGCGACGAGGAGUCUGCCGAGCUGGCCAAGAUUCUCAAGGAGCACUCGGCCGAGGAGGUUGUCACCAAGGUCAACGGUAUCGAGAAGGACCACCCCCUAUUUGACCGUCUUGUCGCCAUCGUCAAGAAGGUGCAGAGUAGCAGUUGA